AAGUUGAAGAAUGAAGAAGAAGAGUAAGCGUUGCGUCUACGACUGUUCUUCUACACUUCACAAGAUCAGAGAGAGAGAAGAAACGAGAGUCAACAGUCAUGACUUGUGCUUCUUCCUCCUUGAUUUCUUCGUUCUCGUAUCAGUUUCGCUCACAGGAACGAAACUUUUCAUCGAAAACUUCCUCUUGUAUCUCGACGGGUUUAACAGGAAGGAGAGCUUUUGGAUCUAUCAAAGCAGCUAAAGUGACAAGCCAUGAGAACCCCAGACGACGCGUUCAGAACGUAGAGGGCGAUAUAUUUGUCGACAAUACUUGUAUUGAUUGUGAUACCUGUCGUUGGAUGGUUCCGCAAGUAUUCACCCAAGUGGACAACAUGUCUGCAGUUAUUAAACAACCAACCUGUGAAGAGGAAAGGCUGAGUGCUCUUCAGGCCUUAUUAUCAUGUCCGACGGGAUCCAUUCGCACUGAAACUCCACCUACUGACAUAGGGAAAGCUCAAGAGACAUUUCCACUGGCAUUGGACAAAGACACACUUCCUGGCGUUUUUCAUUGUGGGUUCCAUUCCAAGAAAUCUUACGGAGCAACUUCCUACUUGAUCCUUCAUCAUGAGGGAAAUAUACUUGUUGAUAGUCCUAGAUACGUAGAGAAGCUUGCUGGAAAGAUUGAGAAGAUGGGUGGUGUUCGCUACAUGUUUUUGACACACAGGGAUGAUGUUGCGGAUCACAAGAAAUGGGCAGAUCGUUUCAAGUCUACCAGAAUUCUGCAUUCUGAAGAUGUUGAACCUUCGACCUCUCAUGUGGAGUUAAAGCUAGAAGGAAGUGGACCAUGGAGCCUAUAUGAAGAUAUUGAGCUUAUACACACUCCUGGUCAUACAGAUGGAUCAGUGUGCCUGUUCCAUAAACCCCUCAAGGCAUUAUUCACUGGAGACCAUGUAACAAUGUCUGAAUCUGGAAUGAGCAUUUUCGAGCAGUACAAUCACGGUUCAGUGCCCCUCCAGCUCAAGAACGUAGAAAGACUGAUCAACCUGGAUUUCAACUGGUUAAUACCAGAAGGACAUGGAAGGAGAGUACAUUUCAAAAAUGGUGAGAAGGCGAAGAUUCUGGAAGCGCUUGUUCAGAAGCACAGAGAGAAACCACUUGUUUCUUUUAGCAUAUCCGGGAAAGCUUGAGACAUAACUUUGUAUGCUUAAUGUAAACCGGUGAACCAAACCUAAUCAGGCCAAAUGUGUGUCAGGGUUUUUGUCAAACUGGUCUGUGUGCCGGUUGUGAACUUGUUACAUCAUUAGCAUGGAUAUUGGGAAAGUAUCUAAAACAAUAAUUAUAAUAUUUGAGCUAA